UUCGUUAUCAGUCAGACUCGACGAUCAGUGUUCAAAGUGACAUAGCGAACAUAGUCGAACCGAUGGUGAAUCGAACGGUGUGUUUUCUCAGCGACUAAUUUUAUUAGGGUUGUGAUAUGAUAUGUUCUAGGAUAUUGUGAAGAGUUCUUGUUUUGAUUCUCGCGCAUCGUGGAUAAAUGAGUGCCGAAAUGGAUGUGGUGUAUACCUCUGACAGUUGCGAUAGCGACUCACGCGAGCAGAAAAUCGUCGAUUUCGGUCACGCCAACAAGCGCCAUUUGGACAAAGAUCUAUUGCGUAUGUGCAAGACGAGAAAGCUGGCAGAGGAUAUCGAAACGGUGCUGCUGAAUCACAACAACCUAACAACGAUUCCGACAUCGAUAGCCGAAUUUGGCAAUCUGCGAGUGUUGGACCUCAGCAACAACAAUCUUGAGCAGAUACCGGAGGUGAUAACGCAACAAUGCCAACUGACGACACUGAUUGCGAAGAAUAAUCUGCUUAGCAAUAGCUCGCUGCCAAAAACACUCCGGUCGUCUGGCGGGGGUGGCCUAAAAGAACUGAAUUUGAGCGGAAAUCGAUUCACGUACUUUCCCGAACAAGUAACGGAGCUGAAUUCGUUGAAAUAUCUCUACCUGGGAGGUAACCAAAUCACAAAUGUGUCCAAGGAUAUCUGGAAGCUGCACAACUUGCAGUUGCUGUCUCUUGGAGGGAAUAAGAUCACGGAGAUCCCGGAAACCGUUGGACUGCUCAACAAUCUCCACGCUCUAGUGCUUUGUGAUAACAUGAUCGAGGCGCUGCCGAGCUCGAUCGCCCGGUUGGUCCACCUCAAGUCGCUGCUACUGCACAAAAACCGCCUUAAGCAUCUGCCCCGGGAGAUAAUCACGCUUAAAAAUCUUACAGAGCUAAGUCUACGUGACAACCCGUUGGUAGUGCGCUUCGUGAAGGAUAUGACACUCAAUCCACCCACUUUGCUCGAGCUGACCGCCCGAGCAGUGAAAUCAGCCGCUCUCCCAUACGGUCCCGCUGAUCUACCACGGUCCUUGAUUGAGUAUCUAGAAACGGCCAACUGUUGUGUGAAUCCCAAUUGCAAAGGAGUAUUCUUCGACAAUCGUGUAGAACAUAUCAAAUUCGUCGACUUUUGUGGUAAAUACCGCAUUCCGCUGCUCCAGUAUUUGUGCUCUUCCAAGUGUAUUGAGGACACACAUUGUUCCGACGUACACAGCGAACCUAGCAGUAGUAUGAUGCGGAAAGUUUUGCUCGGAUGAUUGUGGUCACCAACUCAGCCUGCAAUCGUCGUUUGUGUCCAUACAAGUUAUAUACCACGGUAAGAGUUCAGGAUGGAUGAUUUAUUUUUUUAAUUCAUUUUUAAUUCAUGUGAUUGGCUCUGAGAGCAUAGUGAUUCGCGUUUACGAAGCAUAGAGAAACAUGAUGUGCAAAUAUGGUGAGGGCUUUUCGCGAAGAAGAAAGAUAUUUUUAAAAUAAAAAUUAUAAAUGAAAAGAAGAAAUCUUGAACGAAAAUUGGGUCUGACGAUAA